AUGAAUAAAUCUUCAGGAACAGCAUUUGAUUGGCGUCGCCUAAAAGAAAUUAGGUCUUAUGGGCGCUCAUAUAAGCUGAUGAUCGUUUUUCCUUUAGCAGUUCUUUCAUUUUCCGGACUAGUUAUUUAUGAUAAAAUAGCAAAGAAAAAAAUUAUAGAAAAACAUUGUAAUAGAGUGAAGUCGCUGGCUAAUGAACCAAUGAGUCCUUUGGAUCUUCCUAGAAAAGUAAAAAUUUAUAUGAGCCCGUUUCCAGGAAGUGAUCUUCAUGCAUCUCGAAUGCAAUUUCAAAAAUAUAUAUGCCCUAUUCUUCAAGCAGGUGCUGUAGAUUAUGAAAUUAUUGAAGGGAAUAAAGAAGGUGACCUAAAAAACUAUGUUUCUGAAGAGAUUCGAUGCCUUCGGCGUGGAGAGUUAUCUAUUGAUCCAGAAAUGCAAAAAGUUAUGGUAAACGUUCGUCCUAGCACUGAAGAGGAUUGUGCCAUUAUUGUAGGAAGGCAAACGCUGAAAGAGUACUUGGCUGGCAUUCAUGAAGGCUGGCUUGAGCCUUUAGAGUCUCCACAUGCAUCCUCUAGUUCUUUAGAAAUGUUAGGAAAUAAGUCAAAAGAUACUUCAGCUGCACCCCUUGAAAAAUCUCUUCAAUCGUCUUUACCUGCUGAUUUCUCGAUUCCAAUACUCCAAUAUAUUCCUUUACCUUGUAUUUUUGGGUUUUUUAACAUACCGUUUAAGAUACUUCAGUUUUCAAAUAGACGUUACCUUGCUCAAAUUAUUGCAUCAAAGAUAGUAGAUGUUGUUUUGGUAAAUGAAACUCGUUAUUGGGAUGACAGUGAUAUCCUCCUUGGAGAAGAAGAGACCUGCAAUUGGCCCAAAAAGUAUAGAAAGCGGACAACAGCUGGCGUAUGGACGGAUGAUUUGGCAUUAGAUAAACAAAUCAUGAGCCACGUACGUUUGUAUUGUUCGUCUUAA